AUGGUGCCCAAGAGAAAGAAGGGCGAGAGGCUGAAGGCGCAGGAUGUGCAGGACAUCCCCGAGUUAAGGCUGCCUAGUGCUGCCGCAGGACCCUUUGGUUCGCUCCCCGGGGGCGGGCGCGGGGCGGGGCGGCUCGGCUGGGCUCCGUACGGCGCUGCACAGCCCGCCCCGCUCCCACACCGCUGCCAGCGCCGCCGCCUCAUGGAGCCGCACGGGCCCGCCUGCCCCGGCAGCGUCCUCUUCGGCUGUGAGCUGACUGCCAGUACCAAAUCCUACACAUUUAGGGUGGAUGAAGAAGAUGACUCUGACCACAUUUUGGCGCUGUCUGUGGUGUGCCUCACAGAUGGAGCCAAGGAYGAGUGCAACGUGGUGGAAGUCGUUGGGCGAAACCAUGAGAACCAGGAGAUAGCUGUGCCUGUGGCAAAUCUGAAGUUGUCGUGCCAGCCCUUGCUGAGUCUGGACAACUUCAAGCUGCAGCCUCCAGUGACCUUUCGCCUGGCAGCGGGCUCUGGSCCAGUGCACCUCUCCGGCUGGCACAGGAUCAUGCACAGGGAAGAUGCUUCCUUUGAGGAGGAUGAUGAYUUGUCUGAGGAGGACGAUGAGGAGCUUCCUCCUAUUAUGCCAGCCAAGAAGUAGGAGGAGGAAGCAGUAAACUGUCUCCAGAGAAGGUACUCACUGGGACUUCUCUCCCCUGGAUGGUUUUUGCCUUGGACACCUCUUGCCAGGACCUCAAGAUUUGCUGCUUUGUUUUUAUUUUUAUGCUGUUGUAACUUUUGAGGGAGCAGGGGCUGCUCCCAGCACUGGGGCGUCUCCUUUCACACAGCCCUGGGAGGGUGAUCCCAAAACUGGAUGGAUGCUGCUGGUAUCUCCUCUCYCCCAUCCCUGUUCUGGGAGUUGGGGGUGGAGGAUCCUUGCCCUGUGCCUUUUUGCUGUCCUGCACCUCUGCUCUGUGCACCCCCUUUCCCUGRCUGUGAAGUACCCAGUCCUGGCCCCUUCCCCAGCAGAUGGAUGUAAAGCCAGCUGUGGGACAGUCACUUUCACUGAUCCUAAUGUGUUUGCUUUUGCUUACUCACAGUUUGGUGGUUUUUAUACACUUGGAAGUGUGAAACUGGGGCCCAGGCUCUGUUCUUGACUGCAGUUAUGGUGGGGUGUGAGCUCACAGCCUGUCUGAUUUGGGGGGAGGUUCUGGGUUAGUCUUCAUUGUAAAGAACUGUUCUUACACUCAAUAAAGGUCUCUCAGGCAUCAAGUCUGAAGUAAGGUCA